AUGGCACAGACCAUCGAACACCUGGUCCAUGAGUUGGAUGCCGGACGAUGUGUGGGGGUCGAGAUCACCAACAACACGAGCAAGGUGUUUCGCUCCCCCAGGACCUACUGCUACAGCGGCCAUACCCACACCCCUCCAACCCCUCUCAUCCCUCCCGCUGCCAAGGGGAACUGCAUCUUUGUGAAAAGAAACUUCUCCCUCCGGGGAAGCGUGGGACUCUUGGUGUACGAGAUCGAAGACCACACUCUGGCCAUCAUGUUCUCCAACCCCUUCAACUACAACAGCUACAGAGUGGAGUUGGCCGUGGCUCUCUCCAGCAACAAAGAGGAGACCGAGGAUGAAAAAGCCCUUUUUGAGCAAAUCUACAAGGGGAUAGAGAAGACGUGGCUGAAGGUGGCCAAGGAGAAGCUCUGUGAAUCCCAGCAUUCCGUGCUCCUGGUGGAGGGAGGAAUCCGGGUCACGGCCACCAUGUCCAACAACGCCAAGGCCAUCAUCAGGGUCCACGUGGAGUGUACUGACCAUCAGUCAAGUCACUAGGGAAGCUGGAACCAGCCCGACUUGCCCCCCUCCCCAACCGGUCGCUCUGGGGGGCACCAAUGUCUCCGGCUCUCCUCUCAUCCUCCACCCCGAGGUCCCAUCUCCUGGCAAGGUGCCCUGCCCCUGGCUGCAUCUCAGCUCACCAGACGCCAAACCCCCAGCCUCUAAACCGUCCCCCCGACCCUGCCAUCCCCUCUCCCCCAUUCCUGACCACGCUGUCCACUCUCCCCAAGCCCUGAUCCCGAUGGCUUUCAUCGGUGCCCACAAUUGGCGUCGGUUGGAUUUCAAUUCUGGGCAACGCUGGCGAUCGGCUAGGGGGAUGACCGAACCUCGAGCGUUGGCUUCGAAACCGUCUGUGUCUUUCUCCGCCUCCUGCCUUCCCCUCCAGGCUUCCCUCCCCAGAAGUCCUCCUUCCUACUUCCCUUUUCUCCUUCCUGCUGCAGUCUCACUCUCCCUCUGGCUUGGAAGAGUCUUUCCUGCCGCCCGGCCUCAAUCCCUCCCGCUGCUCUCCCUCCGUACCCCGCGGCCCGGCUCCCCGGGAAAUCCUCCUGUGCAUCCUCCCUUGACAACUCCAGCUGGGACCCGGCCGGCUCCUGUCCCAGGGUCUCCCUCUCUGAGUCUUUGUGUGCAUCUGUGGGUGUGCAUAUAUGUGUGCAUGCAUAUAUGUGUGCAUGCAUGUACCUGUGGUCGUCCAGCCAGGUUGUUGGGAGCUAAUAAGCUGAUCCACGUGCUCUGUACUCCACUAAACAGAGAAGUAGAGUGGCCUAGGUGACAGAACACAGGAUUAGAA